UAGUCAAUUGUUAAUUCAAGUGAUUUGAUUCUAACAUGAAAUUCGCGGUAUUUGCUUUUAUUGCCAGUUUGUGCUUAGUGGCAGUUACUGCCAAAGCUACUGGUGAAUUCGUGGUCGAAAAUGAAGACAUCCAAGUAUAUGAAUACAUUGCCCAAGAAUUGGCUGAAGAAAUUGCAGAAAUUGAACCUCAAGGCAUUUUCACUGGCAUUUACUUUGUCUUGAAGAAAACCUUAAAGACACUUAAAGGUCUUGGUUGUGCUGUUGAUGAAGUUCUUAAGAUCCAAGUAGCUGCCCAUACUUUCCUUACCGACAUUGCCGCUUGUGGUGGUGAACUUAACCAAAAAGUACAAACUUUGGUGGAUGCCGUUAAGGAUAUCAUUGAAACCUGCAAAGCUAUUGGUGGUAUAAACGAAGCUGUUUGCUCUAACGAUCAUGGUACACGUGGUGUUAAAGGCGUUGUUUCCAAAGUUGUUAACGGUGUGAAAGUUGGUCACAAAUGUUCUGCCAAUAUGUUCUUGAAACUCUUGCGAUUGGCUAGACAAAUUAAACGUGCCAUCAAUUUGAUUAUUCAAAUCAAGAAUGUUCCCGGUGAUACUAGCAAAUGUGUUUUGGAUGCUGUUGAUAAUUUGGAGAAAUACUUCACUGAAUUCCCUGCCAACAUUAAGGCUUGCUCCAAUUUGCCUUCCUACCAAUAAAUUGUUUGCUGCUAAGGCAGGCUUACGAAUUGAACUAUUCAAUUUCGUUUAAUUGAUAUCUUGAUUUUUAUAACGAUUAAAUUGUUAAAAAAAAAAAAAACUUAAUAAAAAUGUAAAUGUUU